AUGUCGUCAGCUGUAGCGGAGCUGGAGAACUAUCUCCAGUCCAUGCUGGCUUUGAAACCACCUGGCGUAUCAGGCUCCAAAAUUCACAGCAUCACCACAUUGUGCACCGCCAAUGUUCAGAAUGAAUCCGUUCUCAUCCAAAAGAUCUACACCCACUUCAAAAAGGCACCGGGCACCCACAAGCUGGGCGUACUCUAUGUCGUAGACUCUGUAACCCGACAGUGGGUAGAAGCUGCACGCAAAGCUGGUCAACCUCCAGGAAAUUCUGCUCCGGAUGGAACUUUCGCCGCGGGUGUCAACCGAGUCACUGAACUUCUGCCCGUGUUGAUGGGAGAUAUUAUAAACACGUCCCCACAGGAUCAAAAGGACAAGAUCAAGAAACUCAUCGAUAUCUGGGAGCGGGGAUGCACGUUUCCCCUUCCUAUGCUCGCCUCAAUUCGAGACAAGAUGAACACCCCUCAAAACGUCGAGUCCACCACCCCCGAAGGAUCACCUGCUCCCGGUUCGAAUCCACUGGGAGCGAGUGGUAACUCUGCAGCUGCUCCAGAUACCUCGAGUAUCUUAAAGGCGUUGGCCGAUAUGGCCAAGCAGAACACCGCUGCCCCCGCUGCUCCCGCUACGCCGGCCAACCCGCUCGCAGCUUUGAACCCCUCCGCCCCGUUGCCCAUCUCUUCUGCCGAUGCCUCGAUGCCCCCUUCCGCUCCUACCCAAUUCGCCGCUCCCAAUGCUAUGAACCCUUACGCUGCUCUGGGGGCUCUCGGUCAAAACCCCGCUUUGGGUCAACAACAAACUCACAGCCCGGCCCCGAACCCCAUGGCCCAGAACCCCAUGGCCGCCAUGCUCCCACAAGCUGCGACUCCAGCCAUGCCCGACGGAGGUGCAAUGGCGCAGCAACUUCAGCUACUUCAAAUGCUUGCCGCCCAGGGGAUACCUCAAGAACAGUGGGCCACCGCCCUACAACUCUGGACCAUGACAAACAUGGGCGCCAACCCGACCCAACCUGGUUUCAAUGCCAUGCCGGGAAUGCCCCCGAUGCCCGGAAUGCCUCCGAUGCCUGGAAUGCCCCCGAUGCCCGGUAUGCCUGGAUGGGGCCCGCAAGAUAAUCAAAACCGAGAUGAGCGCGAUCGUGACCGUCAAUACGACCGUUCCCCGGGAGGAUAUCGCCGUCGAUCGCGCUCCCCUGGGGCUGGCUGGGACCGACGCCGCACCGCCUCUCCCCCUCGUCGCCGUGACAGCCCUGUAUAUGGCGAAUACCACGGUGAAUCCCCUGGUCGUAGAGGCGAUCCUCGGGAUGCUCGUGGUCGUCGAGGCAAUGAGUACCGCCAGCGCAGCCCGGCUGGACGCCGACGCCGCUCUCCUUCGCCUCCUCGCAAUGAUCCCAACCUGCCCCCUCCGGGUCCUAAGCUCAUUGAAUGGGACUAUUCCAUUGGUCAAAACAACAUGAAAGUUCUCAGCCGCACCCUCUUUGUUGGUGGUGUCACCUCCUCCGAGGCAAAUCUGCGUGCCCUGUUUGGCAAGUUUGGUGUCGUUCAAACCUGUAUCGUCAAUGUCGACAAGCGUCAUGCAUUCAUCAAGAUGAUUACUCGCCAGGAUGCUAUAGCCGCACGUGAUGGAAUGGAAUCUUACCGCGCGGGAGAAAUGCAACUACGUACCCGGUGGGGUGUUGGGUUCGGUCCUCGUGACUGCAGUGAUUACCAGACGGGUGUUAGUAUCAUUCCGAUCGAACGCUUGACUGAGGCAGACCGCAAAUGGAUGCUCACUGCGGAGUACGGUGGCACUGGUGGCCGUCAGAUUGAAUCUGGCAUGGUGGUGGAGGAACCUGAUAUCGAGAUCGGCGCGGGUGUAUCUUCCAAGGCAAUCAGCCGUCGCAUCGCAACCGACACUGGUGGCAAGCGGGGUCCCAUUUCCACUCGCACUCAAGGAGACCGCUUCACCGGUGGUCGUCGCCCGGAGCGUGAUGGUUUCGGUGGCGGUCACAAUUCCGGUCCUCCUCAGGCUGACCGUGGUGACAUGAACAACACCAUGAACAACUCGGCCGUUCCCCCUGCUGUUCCCGCAUACGGCUUCAGCUUCCCUGGCAUGCCCAUGCUUCCUCCCGGUUUCAUGAUGGGUCAGGGUUCCAUGCAGACUUCUCAACCCCCGGCCCCCGGCCAGGGUGAGUAA